AUGGAGUCUCUCUUGAAGAAUCUCGAAAAACAUGUCACCUGUUCCAUUUGUCUGGAUACUUACACCAAACCAAAGACCGUUGCUUGUCUUCAUACCUUCUGCUUGAGAUGUUUAGAGGAACACGCAUUGAAAACCCAAAGACAAGGACAAUUUCGAUGUCCCGAUUGUCAGGCACAAUUGAAUAUCCCAGAAGGAAAGUGUUUCGAUAAUUUGCCGACUGGUUUUCUGCAAAACAGCUUGUUGAGUCUUCUCGCUGUACGACAAAGUGGAGAUGGAAGUCAGAUUACUUGUGGUAUCUGUAAGAAAAAGAGCGCCGAGAUCAGCUAUUGCUUUGCUUGCGAAAAAUUAUUGUGCCGUGAUUGUGUUAAUGCACACGAAUUGUUUCAAGAGAUUGCCUUUCGAGGACACAAAGUGACGGCAGUGAAACAGUUUCAAGCCGUAGAUUACGAGGCCUUGUUAAAGCGUCAGUCCUAUUGCCCUCAGCCUUACCACGAGAGAGAGGUAAGCAGGUUUUUUUGCCUUGAAUGCCAGAUUUGUGUUUGUCAAGUUUGCAUAAACACUGAUCACAAGAAUCAUAAUGUUGAUCCGCUUGAGAAAGCAGCGGACGCCGUGAAAGCAAACAUUAUGGCGGCAGUCGAGUCGAUAGAACAAAAGAGGAAAGUCUGUAGCGAUGCGAUUCACACUUUUCAACAAGUUGUUGAAGAGCUAGAACGAAAUGUUACCGCUGCUAAACGAGAGGUUUCCCAAACAGCCGAACAAAUGAUCGCAAAGAUUCGAGAACACGAACAGGAAGCUACAAAAAUCCUCGAGAAUACACGUGUGGUUAAAAUGGAGAAAAUAAACACUCUAAACGAGAUAGUUAAGUCAUUGAUCAAACAACUCGACCAAGCGGUUCAGUUUGGAAAAAACCUGGUUGAGAGAAGCUCCAGUUCAGAUUUUAUGAAAAGUAAGAAAAGUUUAGAGCAGAGAUUUGGAGAUCUCGACAAGGCCAUAGUCCCUGCACUUCCUGUCAGCUCAUACGUGAAGUUUUUCUCGACUAAUGCACUUGACAACCUAAACCUGGGGCCAGUUAUAACCAAUGAAACAGAUGUACGGUUGUCAUCAAUGGAAGCUCUUACCGAAAAUCUCCAAGCUGGUCUGGAAGUAGAGUUUUUGGUUUGUCCAAAGCGAAAGAGUGAGGGAGAGCUUACAAGUAAAUGCCAGCAUGAAUUUGACGUUAGAGUACUCAUAGAACCUGCUGAAGAUGUAGCCUGUUUAAGAACCUUUAAAAACGAAAAUGAUGAUUUCCACGUGAAGUUUGUUCCUAAAGUACCUGGCACCUACAACAUCACAGUCAAGAUAAAUGGCUACAAACUUGUUACCAGUCCUUUCAGGGUCCACGCGAAGGAACGACAGAUUGAUGUAGAGGGAGAGCUGGUUCUAAAGGGAGGAAUUCCCAUAAGUCCAAACUGGAUUGCUCUCAACAGCAAAGGAACGAUCGCUAUAAGUGAUCAUAAAAAACACUGUAUCCUAACGUUUGAUGAGGAUGGAAAUUUUGUGCGAAAAUUUGGCUGCUAUGGAAAAGGGCCAGAGCAGCUGGCUUAUCCAGCUGGAUUGACAUUCUUGAAUGAUGUCGAGCUUCUGGUGGUGGAUGACGGUAAUGACCGAAUUCAACAAUUAAAUUUACAGACAGGGAACUUUGUGAAGAGCUUUGGAAAGGAAGAGACUGUAGACGGCGAGUUCCUGGAACCCGAGGGAAUUUUCUUAAGUGAUGAAGGACAUGUCAUUGUUGCGGAUUACCGUAACAACAGAAUUCAGGUCUUGGACAAAGAUGGUAAAUUCAUGUACAAAUUCGGAGACAACGGCCCUGGAAAGCUAAACCGACCUAGUGGAUGCAUUUAUCACAAAAACAAGUUCAUUGUAUCUGAUAUUGGAAAUCAUUGUUUGAAAGUGUUUGACAAAUCAGGGAAGUUCUUGUACAAGAUUGGAGGAAAAGGUAAAGCUGAUGGACAGUUUUCAUCUCCAUGGGGUUUGUGUGUUAAGAAAUAUGGCGAUCAUCAGAAUCUUUUGGUGUGUGACCGAAAUAACGGACGCAUUCAACAGUUUACAAUGGGAGGUCGUUUUAUUGGCAAAACUAUUGUUAAGCUAAGAGAUCCGAAAGCAAUAGCUACAACACCAGAUGGUCGUAUUUUGGUUUGUGACUAUGAAGACAAAAAAAUUCAUAUCUUGAAAUAGACACUCAAAUGUUUUUUUGCAAAAAGAAAUAAUAAUGUGGGAAUGGUUACAAAGUUAGCACGUUUAUCGUUACACCGGAAAUCAAAUAAUUUAUAUUUGUUUCUUCUUCCUUGAAUAUGAUUUGCUAAGAGAUCUUUGAGGUGCUUGGGAUGUAUGUAUUAAAAAGCGGACUAACGCGAACUUCCACCUCCUUCCGUAGCUCAAUUUCUAGGAGUGCAUGUAUCAGUUGAGAACGCGAUCCUCUCCAUCGUGUGUAUUGAAACUCACAUUGGUGGAUAUCGAUCUUCCUCGAUCUCAGGUUCCUUUGUCAAUAUUUUACUCCGGAGAGAAUAUCGUAGUUUUAGCUUGUCAUGUAUCUUUAGGUGACAGUUUUCAAUUUUGCAGGAUAGGACUGAAAAACAACUGUUACUGUGGAAAUAAUAUUCCAGUUUUAGCUUGUUCGGUAUCAUUGUGAAUGAAUUUUUUUCAAUCUGCCGAACUGGACCAGAAAAUACAAACUAGUUCCUUUAAGAAAUUCAUACAACUAUAGAGUUGCUCGCACAGUAAAUUUUUUUCUUUAUCAUCGUUAAAUGGUAAUUUCUGCACAAGUAACUAGAACACUAGAAAAGUAGACUCGUUCAAUUCUGAUAGACCGAUUUAUUGAAUUGUAAAUUUGCUUAAUAUCUAUUAAGAUAAAUGUAGAUAUAAAAAGAUGGGUGACUGAUAUUUUGACUGAGCAAAACUUCAUAUGUAAUGACAAUGCUUAGGUUAUUAAUGACUUACAGGGGCGGAUCCAGGAAUUUUUGAUAGGGGGUGGAGGGGGGCGAUGGCUCCAAACUUUAACUCAGAAAUUACUACAGGAACUUUGUUGGGCUAAUUGCUUCUCCCUGAAACUCCGUCACUCUCUCCAACAACCCACAAAUCCCGACCCAACUCCCCCCCCCCCCCCCCCCCGUGCGCCGUUACUCAUUAUAACCAAUUAUUAUUUAACGCCAGUUUUCUUUGCCCCCCUUACCGUGGACAUGGAUUUUACUCGUAAAGGAUACACCUUUGGAACAUCCUUUCCUUGCGCUUGGCUACAAAUGCUGUACAGAUAUCGUCAAUAUUUUAAGGUCAUGGUGCAAAUGCAUGAGUGCAAGUCCUGACAACCGCUUUCCGAGAAAUCGCUAUCUUUUAGGCGAAAUAUGAAAGACGGAAAAAGUCUCAUUUAAGGUUCUAAUCAUGUUUCAGUGACUGGAGUUAACCUGCGCGCGACUGCAAUACUGAGAUUUAAAACGUGACCGUUGCAAUAAGUGCGCAAUGCCACUGGAGCUAUUCUCUUUUUUCUCCCUUGCACACUACAUGCUUGCGAUGACAUGGCAGUGAUAAAGUGAUCAUAUACCUGUCCUCCUACAAACGCGACAUCGAUGUUGUUCUCGGCCAAACUUGACAAAAUAGUGUUGCUAUGCUCUCACCAUAUCUUUUGUCAAGGUUGACAAAGUCGAAAACUACUUCUUUGAUAUGAGGGAGACAUCACUUCUUAGAUCUAAAAGCCUUCAGGAAAACACUUAAUACUUCUUGAUUUGCUUAUUUAUCCGUCAGCUCAUCGCUAAUGAUUGAGGGAAAAGCGUUUUCCUUUUAAAUCUUCUACGGUGUAGCUUUCGACCGAACAUAUGCCCCAGUGAUAUCAAGAACUUUCUCUUGUACAGUUUUAGAGGGACUUGUGGCAUUUCCCUACCAGUGAGUAAUUAAGUGUUCUUUUAAAUCGUCAUCAGAGUUGCUUAAUAGCAUAAGAAUGGGAUGAAAGUUGCCUUUGUUCACGGAUGCUACGGUUGUGCUGUCAUCUGGAUGGCCUCUAAGAGAGAUGUUCUGUUUGCCACACAAUAUUAUGGUACUUAUAAUUGCUCUAAGUAAGUUCAUAUUUCUGUCAAACAUCCCUUGUUUUUGCGUGGAAAUUCUUAAAUGACAAGGUUUUCUUUGGUUUUUGAGCACUUUGAAUUAGCGCAACGCUGGUGUCAAGUGCCCUCUUGUGACAUUGCAUUUUCUGACGACGCUCAAGUGCUCCAUCUUUACCAGUGGCUUUUUUUACCUUUUGAAUGGAGCUGUUACAGGUGGCCUUUUCUGUGCUCGAACAUCCAUCAUGCAUCACGCAAUAUUUGCAAAAACCUCCCAUUUGACAAGGGCUAUAUACAAGCUAUUACACGUUUCUAAUCAUAAGGGCUGGAAAACGAGCUUCCUAGAAUAUUUAUCUUUUCCCUUAACCACAGCCCUUGAGAAAAAAUUGGAGUAUGAUGGAGGCGGGAUAAAAUGGUUUUUAGGGUAUUUAGUUUUUUCAUGGGAUUGGAGAGUUCUUGGAUCGACUUUACCACUAACGAUGUCCCCGACAUCAAAGUAUAGUACAACAUGCUGAUAAGUGGAAGAAUCUUGGGAAAAACCGAAAAAUAAAGCAAGUAAUUUACUGCUAAGCCGUCAAAUUGAAAGUGCAGCUUAUUGUUUUCAACGUUCUAGAUUGUUCUCUAUGGAUUUUUAACAAUUAUGAUUUGAAAACUCAGCAUAACUUAACGUUUACUUAAUCGAUAUCUGAAAAAUGCUUCUUGACUGUCUGGGCCACUUAAAGAAGCAUUGUUGACAGUUAUGCCAAAUUCGCUUGCUAAGGAUAGAGACUCUGAUCGAUCUUCGAUAUUAAGGUCCUUGUUGAGAGACAAAAGCUCGCAAAGUAUUGUGCAGAUUUUUACAAGUGAUUCUAAAAAUAGAUUGCUUCCCUUUUCACCAAGGAAAAACAGAUUUGAUUUGACACUGCAAGAGCUCACACUCAGAAACAAUCAUCCCGUAAAGCGAAAAGGAGGUUAAAUUUUUACGCAAAUAAAUUGGGGAUGUGUCAUUUAAUGCAAAGCAAUCGUUUAGGGUCAAAUAAACAACUCGUGCGUACCUUGUAAGUAAGAAAGGCUACAUAUCGACUGGCCAGACAGAUUUACAUUUUCAAGUACAUGAGACAAACAAAACUGAACUUUUAAAAAUAGCAUGAACUGUAGCUUGUGGCUCCUUGAAUGGAUUUUGUCUCACUUCAAUAUAAGCUAGUGAGAAAUAUCUGAAGCCCAUUGUGUGCUUCAUGAUUGUCUCUAAAUGCUCGCCACUUAGAUGCCCCAUUCAUCAAGGCGGACGUUGCUUCACAACAUGUCACUUUCAGAGACACGUCUCCUCUUCUGCAUACGAGCCUUAGCUUGUUUUAAUCUCUUUAAGACUUUUAAACAUUUAAAAAUACUCGAAUACGACACAAAGAGGCUCAUUUGGCAAAGCUGUGAUGAGAAAAAUUAAAAUGUUGAAACUAUGGGGCUUAAAGGGGCCCCGAAACUGGUAUUUUUUGAGGGAGAUCGCUGUCUGAAGGGUGAAAGAAAUGCUUUGAUAAAAUUAGAUAAAGGAAUCAUUUAGCCCUGAUAACAAGAAAUAAAUUAGACUCUUGUGUACUUCAGAUGACCUCACCAAAGCAAUUGCCAAACAGGGAGCUCAGGUUAAAUUUGAUUAAGAAUUGCUGCAAGCUUUCUUCCUGAAAGCUUUUAGAUCAAUGAUUACUGUAGUUUUUUGGCGGCGUUGUUUCUUUUACUUUUAUUUUUGUUUUGGACACGCCGGUGAAGAAGUAAAAUUUCCUUUUUAUGUACAAGCGUAGAGCAGGUCAAAGCUGCUAUGAACACAGAAUUUUGUAGCUGCUCCGCGCUUGGAUCUUAGGACUGAACUGAAAAGCAUAAUUAAUUUUCAAUGAGGUUAAACAAAAAAUAGAAAUAGACCUUUUCACGGUUUCUGACGCCAUCUUAGGGGGCUGCCGCCACUGACUCAUCGCAAGCAUGCCUUUACAUGUGAUUACAAAUGGACUCUAAAUUUAUGAUUUUUAUGUAAUACUAAGUAGAGAUCUUAGAAGAGUUUGUAUUGUUAAUGAACUGUUCACGUAGCAAAAACAAAUAGUGGCAUGGCUGUGCACUUCAUUUAUCUACUUGUCAAAGACUGGAUAGUGAAAUAAAUUUGUGAUUUUGUUCACAGUCUUUGCCUUCAGUAAAUGAAUUACAUUUGAAUUAAUUAAAUAUACAAAUUGAAUUUUAAAAAAAAGAGAAGUCGAAGAAUCUAAAUUAAAAUGACCAGCAAAUGCUCCAAGAAAGGUAAAUUGUGAACAGACCCUAAACACAUCGAGCAUCUAUGUCAUUCGGCCGCUCGAGGUCCUGGAAUAUAAAGCUGAUUUUAUGCUCUUUUUUUCUGCCCAAAAUGGUUGCAACCACAACUAAUUUAUUCAUCAACGGAUGUUCUUUGCAUGGAAGCCAUCACAUCAUAAUUUUCGAGGCUAAAAAUGCCGAUAAAUCUCGUGAUGGGUUCGUGACCGGUCUGAGUUGCUUUGAAUAGAAAAUUGUAGUUUUUCAUUGGAUGACAAUAAUCAAGGCCAGUUGAGAGGAGGCUGGGGCUGGGUCCUAUCUAUUAGUGAUAAGGAUGAUCGUCGAGAAUAUUGAAGGCUGAAAAAGAUGUAAAAGGCUGCUACACUAUUGAUUUAUGAGCCUUUGGUAAAACCAACGUUUUAUUCCCCCGCCCCCCCCCCUUUUUAAAAUCAGUUCGAGUUCUUUCAGGAUUGUACGUCAAGCUCUGUGAAAAUAAACCAUAUACCUUUAUUUACAGACAAAGUUUUACAGUUCGCGUUCUUUUAUAUGAAACGCAUGCAUUUCCAUAAAAUCCGUUUUUCAUAAGGGGUUCCAAUCUGAAAUUUAAUGAACGACGCACGCUCCUACCGAGUGAAUUAAUUAAGCCUUGUCAAGUGAUUUUUGUUUCCAGCAAAUCUUACAAACUCUUACGCUACACUUUUGUGAAGCCCACGUACCUGAUCACUGAUGAGGAUUAACCUUCAUCUAACAUAUGGAAUAAUUACUGCAAAAACAUCUUUUCAUCUGCCAUCAGUUACACCGAGAAAGGAAUGGAGCAAGAGCCUAUUGUUAAAGACCACAUUACUCGUUGUGUGACUUGACAUCGGCUCCGAAAAUAAAAGGUCUCGAGGUUCGAUCUUCUUGGCUCGGAAUCACAAACAAUACACGGGUGUGUUUCAUUUCGCUCUGAUAUCGAAAUCUGCCUUCGCGAUGGAGUCUCUCUUGAAGAACCUCGAAAAACAUGUUACUUGUUCCAUUUGCCUGGAUACUUACACCAAACCAAAGACCAUAGCUUGUCUUCAUACCUUCUGCUUGAAAUGUUUAGAGGAACACGCUUUGAAAACUCAGAGACAAGGACAAUUUCGAUGUCCCGAUUGUCAAGCACAAGUGAACAUCCCAGAAGGAAAUUGUUUCGAUAAUUUGCCGACUGGUUUUCUGCAAAACAGUUUGUUGAGUCUUCUCGCUGUACGACAAAGUGGCGAUGGAAGUCAGAUCAGUUGUGGUAUUUGUAAGAAAAAGAGCGCCGAGAUCAGCUAUUGCUUCGCUUGCGAAAAAUUACUGUGCCGUGAUUGUGUCAAUGCACACGAAUUGUUUCGAGAGAAUGCCUUUCAAGGACACAAAGUGACGGCAGUGAAACAGUUUCAAGCCGUAGAUUACGAGGCCUUGUUAAAGCGUCAGUCGUUUUGUCCUCAGCCUUACCACGAGAGAGAGGUUACCAGGUUUUUCUUCCUUGAAUGCCAGAUUUGUGUUUGUCAAGUUUGCAUAAACACUGAUCACAAGAAUCAUAAUGUUGAUCCGCUUGAGAAAGCAGCGGAUGCCGAGAAAGCAAACAUUAUGGCGGCAGUCGAGUCGAUAGAACAAAAGAAGAAAGUUUGUGGCGAUGCGAUUAAAACUUUUCAGCAAGUUGUUGUAGAGCUGGAACGAAAUGUUACCGCUGCUAAGCGAGAGGUCUCCCAAACAGAGGAACAAAUGAUCACGAAGAUUCUGGAACACGAGCGGGAAGCUACAAAAAUCCUCGAGAAUACACGCGUGUCUAGAAUGGAGAAAAUAAAUUCUCUAAACGAGCAAGUACAGUCAUUGAUCAAACAGCUUGACCAAGCAGUUCAGUUUGCCAAAAACCUUGUUGAGAGAAGCUCAAGUUCAGAUGUUAUGAAAAGUAAGAAGAGUUUAGAGCAGAGAUUUGGAGAUCUCGACAAGAUCACAGUCCCUUUGCUUCCGGUUAGCUCAUUCGUGAAGUUUUUCUCGACUAAUGCACUUGACAACCUAAACCUGGGGUCAGUGAUAACCAAUGAAACAGAUGUUCGGUUGUCGUCAAUGGAAGCUCUUACUGAAAAUCUCCAAGCUGGUCUGGAAGCAGAGCUUCUGAUUUGUCCAAAGCGAAAGAGUGAAGAAGAGCUUACAAGGAAAUAUCAGCGUGAACUUGACGUUAAAGUGCUCAUAGAACCCGCUGAAAAUGUAGCAAGUUUAAGAAUUUUAAAAAAGAAAAUGAUGAUUUCCACGUGAAGUUUGUUCCUAAAGUACCUGGCACCUACAACAUGAAAGUCAAGAUAAAUGGCGACAAACUUGUUACCAGUCCUUUCAGGGUCCACGUGAAGGAACGACGAAUUGAUGUUGUGGGCGAGUUAGUUCUAAAAGGAGAAAUUCCUGUAAGUCCAAAUUGGAUUGCUGUCAACAGCAAAGGAACGAUCGCUGUAAGUGACCAUAAAAAACACUGUAUCUUAAUGUUUGAUGAGGAUGGAAAUUUUGUGCGAAAAUUUGGCUGCUAUGGAAAAGGGCCUGGGCAGCUGUGUUUAUCCAGCUGGAUUGACAUUCGUGAAUGA